AGCGCUGAUCAGUCGCUAAACUCAGCGGAAUGAGGGGUCAAAUUUAGAUGAGAUGGGGAUUAUACGGAGCUGGAUUCCAUCGAUUUACCCGGAUAUAUGUCUAAACAUUUCAAAAGGGAACAAAAAGUUAAAAAGUAGUGCUGAGAACUACAUUUGUUGGGUUGUUUACUAGUUAGUUAGUUGGUUGGCUACACAACUCGACAGAGGGACAAACUUCAUUAAGUCUGACUUGUAAAUAAAGAAAUUGUCUGACUCUUUAAUUAGAGUACAGAUUAAAUCUAAUCAUAAUUUAUUUAGAGAGCAUUAUGCACUAUCAUUAGUGGCGGGGAUGUUUAAUCAACUAAUGCUAAUUAACUGCAUAGGACCAGAGUCAAAGGGAUAAACGGUGACGGGUCUCUUAGCAUCAGACCAUUUAAAAGUUACAUAAGAGGUUGAUUUAAGGGGACGAAAAGAGCAGGUCGUCGAGAAAAUAUCUGUUUAAAUGUGGGGAGACUGGAUCAGAAGAGAAGCACAUGGUUGUGGAGUCUUGGUUAUGCUGCUGGCUGUUGUGUUUUUCUUCUGCCUUUUAAAUGGAGGUACUGGUCAAGAUGGGCAGACCAUUACUGCAGAGGAGAAGUCCAAAAUCAGGGACCAGAUUCUGGAGAUGUUCGAUCAUGCUUAUAACAGUUACAUGAAAUAUGCAUACCCAGCUGAUGAGUUGAUGCCUCUCAGCUGUAGGGGGAGGGUGAGAGGGCUGGAACCAAAUCGAGGGGACAUUGAUGACUCUCUGGGAAAGUUCUCUUUAACAUUAAUAGACACUUUAGAUACCCUUGUGUUGUUAAAUAAACUGGAUGAGUUUGAGGAGGCAGUCAAAAAGACGGUUAGCGACGUCAGGCUGGACAAUGACAUCGUUGUCUCUGUUUUUGAGACCAAUAUCCGUGUGCUAGGUGGCUUGUUGGGUGCACAUGUAAUGGCAGAUGUUCUGAAACAGCGUGGAGAGAGGAUGCAGUGGUACAGAGAUGAACUGCUGCAUAUGGCCAAAGAAUUGGGCUUCCGCCUCCUGCCUGCCUUUAACACCACCAGUGGCCUUCCUUACCCUCGGGUAAACCUGCGGUACGGCGUCCUCAACCCCCUCUCCCGUACAGGGACUGAGUCGGACACCUGCACUGCAUGCGCAGGGACCAUGAUCCUAGAAUUUGCAGCUCUAAGCCGACUCUCUGGGAACACAAUAUUUGAGGAACAUGCUCGGAAAGCUCUGGAUGUCCUCUGGGAGAAGAGGCAAAGAGGAAGUGACCUCGUCGGCACCGUGAUCAACAUCCACAAUGGCGACUGGGUUCGUAGGGGUGAGACUUCGAGGACCAAUGACAAACAUUCACUUAAUGCCAAUAGUGGUGUUGGUGCUGGAAUAGACUCGUAUUAUGAAUAUUUGAUGAAGGCAUAUAUUCUUCUUGGGGACAAGGUGUACCUUGAGAGAUUCAACACCCACUACAGUGCCAUUAUGAAGUACAUCAGCAAGCCGCCUCUGUUGCUCAACGUGCACAUGCACAACCCCACUGUGAACGUGCGCAGCUGGAUGGAUUCCUUGCUCGCCUUCUUUCCUGGACUACAGGUUCUAAGGGGAGAUUUGAAACCUGCCAUUGAGACACAUGAGAUGUUGUACCAAGUGACCAAACAGCAUAAUUUCCUCCCUGAGGCGUUUACCUCAGAGUUCAGAGUCCACUGGGGGCAGCACCCUUUAAGACCGGAGUUUGCUGAAAGCACAUAUUUCCUUUAUAAAGCCACAGGUGAUCCAUACUACUUGAAAGUGGGCCAGUCUAUAGUGGAGAAGCUGAACACUCAUGCGCGUGUCCCCUGUGGCUUUGCCGCAGUACAGGAUGUGAGGACAGGAACGCAUGAAGACAGGAUGGAUUCCUUCUUCCUGGCUGAGAUGUUCAAGUACCUCUACCUGCUCUUUUCGGAGAAGAGCCAGUUGCCUAUAGACAUUGAUGACUAUAUUUUUACUACUGAAGCUCACUUGCUUCCAAUAUCUCUGUCCUCGACCCAGCCCCACUGCCAUAGCAACAACACGGAACCUCAAGGGGCUCAUGUGGACGAUUUGUUUUCAUACUGCUGCCCCAGUGCUCAGACCCUGUUCCCCAACAACCCCACUUUUGCCAGGACUAUCAGAGAUGGCUACAAAUACCUCACCGGUGUGGGCAGAGUCCAGCAGAACUCACCUGUCAGGGGGAUUGAACUACCUCUUCAUGACACAGGCCUGGAACCAGUGGAGUUUCUGAAGAGCAUGGGCAUCUCUCUAACACCCCUUACUGAGCUAACCUCUGCCAGUUUAGGUUCAGCAGCUCUGGUGAAACAGCCAUAUAAUUUACAUUUACUCACUUUGUUGCAUUGGACCAACUGUUGGAUAUAUGUCAUUUACUGUGUCAUUUCCUCUGCACAUCCAUUCAGUCAUAUGUCUCACUUUCCAAAGGACUCUCAGAAAGGUGUUUACAAGUUGAAGCUGGUUGCUGAGGUGAGCCAAACCCCUGAGCAUGAGGAAGUGGCCCCAAUGAUUGUGCAGCUCAUUUCCCCUCCGUUUUUGGGAAGAACGGUCCUUACAGCUGGACCAGCAAAGUUUGGAAUGGACCUUGCCAAACAAGAGCACGGGGUGAAGGGCAGUAUUGUGAGAAGUGUUCCAUACACAGCAUGUGGGUCCAUUGAGAACGCAGUGGAGCUGCAAGGACACAUAGCGCUGGCAUUGAGAGGAGACUGCAUGUUUGCUGCUAAAGCUCGCCACCUGCAGGAAACAGGAGCCAUUGGAGUCAUCUUCAUUGAUUACAGAGAGGGCAGCAGCAGUACCGAGACUCCACUGUUCCAGAUGGUUGGAGAUGGUGACUCUACAGAUGACAUCACCAUUCCUCUGGUGUUCCUCUUUAGUAAAGAGGGAGCUAUACUCACUUCUGCUCUAGAGGAACAUCACAAUGUGGACGUCCUCCUCCUGCCCAAAGAGAAACAACUGGGGAAAGAGAAAUUGAACAUUAAAUUCCGUCUGGCUAAGGAUGGAGAGUUUGCCGAGGGGGAGGUGGAGAGCACAACCAUCCAGCUUGUGCUUGAGCAAAGCGAGGCAGCCACUGAGAUGGGCAUUAAUGGGAGAGAAGCCACAUCCUCAACACGGAACAACCAGGAGACCUGUGCUUCGUCACAGAGAGCCCCAGAGAGCAGCCCCUGACAGUGGGACCUAAUUGUGUCUCUGUUACCCUUCACAGAAUGCUGGGCUGUCACUGAUCUCAGAUUAGGCAACGCAGGCGAUGUAUGUGAUGGACAAUCUGUUUCUACAAUCUGAACUCCUUGUUGGAGUUAACAAGAUAGUCAAACUCUCACUUCCCCUAUUAAUAUUUAAGGAUGGUCUCCGCUUGCGUAGUUUCAGAGUUGGAACCGUAUAGAUCUGCAGAGUCAGAGGGCAAGUCAUGAAGAACUGUCUCUUUUAUUGAGUUAUUUGCUAAAUAUUCUUCUUAAUGGUCUGCAGUGAAAAAGUAAAGAAAGAAGAACUGGUUCUGUGUUAUAGAGUCUUACAAGAUGUUCUCUCACACCAAUUUAUCUGGAUCGGAGUUUAUUUGAAUGUUUUUCUUUUUCUUUUUCUUUCCUAGCAAAUCGGCUCGUUUUAUUUUUUUAAUGUUUUUAUUCUUUAUCACAUCUAAGUGGCUUGAAGUUUUAGGACAACCUUAACACAGGGCUCCUAUGACCAAACCGAAAAAACAGUGUUGUAGCCAUUGUAUUACAGACUAUUUUAAAUGGGGGAUAUUGGACCAAACUACUGUACAUAGUUUAACUCUCUCUCUCUCGCUCUGUGUGUGUUUGUGCCGAUCAGCCACAAUAUUAAAACCCGUCUGGCACCCACAGUCAUCCAUGCGAUUAUCUAAUCAGCCAGUAGUGCAUAGAAUCAUGCAGAUACAGGUGAGGAGCUUCAGUUAAUGUUCACAGCAACCACAUCAAGACGGGCUGGUUUGAGUAUUUCUGUAACAGCUGAUCUCCUGGGAUUUUUACACACAACAGUCUCUAGAAUUUACUCAGAAUGGUGCCAAAUACAAAAAACAUCCAGUAAGCGAGCAGUUCUGUGGACAGAAAUGCCUCGUUGACGAGAGAGGUCAACAGAGAAUGGCCUGACUGGUUUGAACUGACAAAGUCUAUGGUAACUCAGAUAACCACUCUGUACAAUUGUAGUGAGAAGAAUAGCUUCUCAGAAUGCUACUUUGGGAUGCGGGUUGGCGCUGUUUUGACAGCACGAGGGGGACCUACACGAUAUUAGGCAGUUGUGGCUGAUCGGUGCAUACAUAUAUACUGCGUGUGUAUGUGUAUAUAUAUAUAUAUAUUAUAUAUGUAUAUAUAUAUAUAUAUAUAUAUAUAUAUAUAUAUAUAUUAUAUACAUGCAUGUAGUAUAUUACACAGACACAUCAGGGAAAUCAUAGACGAAUGAUUUGAAUGUGUGUGUAAAAGCCGGACGAGGUGGCCUUUAUCAUUUCAUCACGGAAUGUGUACAUUUCAUCAUGUGCCAAUAGUAAAUGUGUGUGUUUGUGUAUGCAUGUGUGCAUAUUGGCAGAUUAUGUAUUUGACAUUUACCUCUUACUUAAGCAUAUUUUAACCAUUUCAACUUCUGUCGUGUGGUCACAGGAUGCACAAUACACCAAACCAUUAGAAAGGUUACAUAUAGUUAUAUUUACACUUGGUCUUGUGCAAUGAGAAAUACAUUUCAUGUGUACAGUGUCUUUGUGGAUCACAUGAUAGGGUGAUAAUGACUGUUAGUCUGUUAAAAUUGAUCAUGAAAUGGCAAUUUAUUUAAUUCUGUGCAGCCCAACUUUCCCACAGUUAUGUUUGCCACCACAAUGUAAAGAAACACUCAAUUGCUUACACUAGAUUCAUUGUUUUAAAUAUAUUGCUGUUAUGUUACUUUACUUUCAAUGCCAGUUUGUCUCGCACAUUUCCAUAUAUUGCUCAGCCUGCAUUCUCAAAUAAGAUUUGCCUUACUAUUUCAGAUGAUCUAUCACUUUAGUCUGGACGAUUGUGUGGAUAACUGUUCUAUCAUUACCAAAUGUUUCCAUUUCAAGUCUUUAGGUUUGGUAUCUUGUACUGUUAUUUCUGGCUGUUCUCAAAAGGAUGUCAGUCUGUGUACCUCUUUUCUCACUAUCUCAAGGGCUUAUGACUGAUUCACUUUAAAGUGGGGGCAUAUUACAGAUCAGAUGGGAUUAUAAUUUAUUUCUUAAGAUAUUUUCUAUACAUUACUUGAGAUGAUGUUUGCCAUAUAGAAUGUGUAUCAUAAAGGUUAUCUGAAGCAUUUAUUAAGGACCAGAGUUGUGAGAUAUUGUAUAUUGUAAAAUUAGAUUUUAAGAGUGUCUUUUUAAGAGCUGUUUUUGUAACGAUUUAUGAAAGAAUUAUCGGAACUUGCCAUUAAAUAAAGUUAU